AUGCACCACAGUCCCUCACAGCGACUUAGUGCCAGAACUAAUUCAGCCCCUCGCCACACAGCAGGCCAUCCCCGUGUGAGUGUCAGCUUGGGUUUUGAACAUAAUAAAACGAGGUUAUGUACUCCAAUUCGCUCAAAGGGCCCCGUUUUUCAACGGUGUGGUCCAAACCUCUGUGGAAAGCAAGGAUGCGCAUGUCCUGCGUUCCGAGGUAAAUGCCAUGCUGGCGAAAGGGGCCAUAGAAGUGGUCCCUACAGCACUGAGCUAGUCGGGGUACUACAGCAGGUACUUCCUCGUCCCCAAAAAAGAUGGCGGCCUCCGGCCCAUCCUCGAUCUCAGACAGCUGAACAGGGCCCUAAUAAAGUGCUCAUUCAGAAUGAUCACUUUGAAGCAGAUCUUCCCACAAAUACGCCCGGGAGACUGGUUCUUUACCCUGGAUCUGAAAGAUGCUUAUUUUCACAUCCAGAUAGCCCCCCACCCCAGACCCGAGCUGUGGGAUCUCCAUGUGUGGUUUCUCAACAGGAGCCUGCUAGCCUCCCAGAGAACGUCUUAAACACUAUCUCUCAGGCCAGAGCUCCGUCUACAAGAUGUCUCUACUCCCUGAAAUGGGCUGUCUUUGCCGUCUGGUGUACAGCACGGGGCGAGGACCCAUUAACUUGUGACAUAUCCCAGAUAUUGUCCUUCCUUCAAGACUUAAUGGAUAGAGGCCGUACUGCCUCUACCCUAAAAGUCUACGUUGCAGCUAUAGCAGCUUCUCACGUUCCUAUAGCGGGGCAGUCGAUAGGGAGAAACAACCUUGUUGUUCGCUUCCUUAAGGGAUCCAGGAGGUUGAAUCUCCCUCGUCCCCUCACGGUUCCUACUUGGGAUCUUUCAGUGGUUCUUAGAGGCCUUAAAGACCCUCCCUUUGAACCAAUCCAGACUGCCGACCGAUGGCUCCUCUCGCUAAAAACUGCCUUGCUGCUGGCCUUAGCAUUAGUUAAGCGUGUAGGAGAUUUGCAGGCGCUCUCUGUGAGCCCCUCGUGUCUAGAGUUUGGGCCUAACGACUCCAAGGUCGUCCUGAAACCAAGACAUGGAUAUGUUCCGAAAGUCCUAUCGACCCCCUUUAGGGCACAGAUGGUUGUUCUCUCCGCUCUUCCUCCUUCUCAGGAUGAACAGGAGCUGAACCUGCUCUGUCCUGUCAGAGCCCUGAGGUCUUACAUUGACCGUUCCGCCUCCUUUCGUCAGGCAGAACAGCUUUUUGUCUGCUUCGGGGGCCAUUCAAAAGGUCUUUUGGUCUCGAAGCCCAGACUUUCCAGAUGGACAGUCAACGCUAUAGCACUCACUUACUCCUCCUUAGGCCUUCAAUGCCCCUUAGGUGUGAGAGCGCAUUCCACGAGAGGUAUGGCCUCCUCGUGGGCAUGGUCUUGUGGUGUUUCCAUUGCCGACAUCUGUGCGGCGGCCGGCUGGGCCUCUCCGUCCACAUUUGUCAGGUUUUAUAAUCUGGAGGUCCCUGCGCUUCAGUCGCAGGUCCUUUCUGCAUAAGCUUCCCUGCAGUAUCUACUUAUGCUUCUACAUUACGACCCCGACCGGGUCUGGGCGUAAUUUUAUUUCGUGCCCUCUUAUAUAUACUCUAUAUAUAUACUCCAAACCCAUUUAAUGGUAAAAAUUGAAUUGAUGUUCAACAAAUAAAAAAUAGAGAUAAUACUGAUAAACAAAUGAUAAAGCUUGGGUUGUUAAAUAUUAGAUCCCUUUCUUCAAAAGCACUUAUUGUAAAUGAUAUUAUCACAGACAAUAAUCUGGAUUUGCUGUGUUUGACAGAAACUUGGCUAAAAUCAGACGAUUACAUUACUUUAAAUGAGUCUAGCCCUCAAGGUUAUUAUUUUCGACACAAUCCUCGUCAGAAAGGCAAAGGGGGAGGUGUUGCUGUAAAUUAUAGUAAUAUUUACAGUAUUAGUCAAAAAUCUUUCAAAUAUAAUUCCUUCGAAGUGAUGGUACUUUAUGUAACAUUAUGUAAGUUGACAUUUGUGCUGGCUACUGUAUACAGGCCACCAGGACACCAUACAGACUUUAUCAAAGAAUUUGCUGAUUUUCUGUCGGAGUUAGUACUAGCUGCAGAUAAAGUCCUUGUUGUUGGUGAUUUUAAUAUCCAUGUAGAUAAUGAAAAAGAUGCAUUAGGAUUGGCAUUUACAGACAUUCUAAAUUCUAUUGGAGUUAGACAACAGGUGUCAGGACCCACUCAUUGUCGUAAUCAUACUUUAGAUCUAAUAUUGUCACAUGGAAUCGAUAUUGAUGCCGUUGAAAUUCUGCAGCAGAGCGACGACAUCUCAGAUCAUUAUCUAGUCUCGUGUAUACUACAUUUAGUCAAGGCUGCUAAACUGCCUCCCUGCCAUAAAUAUGAUAGAACCAUCACUUCUACCACUAAAGAUUGCUUUAUAAAUAAUCUUCCUGAUCAGUUUCAUCGCCUUAGCAUACCAGAUAGCUUAGAAGACCUUGAUGUUGCAACAGAAACUAUUGCCUCUGUCUUUUCCAGCACAUUAGACUCAGUUGCUCCUUUGCGUUUAAAAAAGAUUAAGGAAAUUAAUCCAAUGCCGUGGUACAAUGAGCACACUCAAGCCCUAAAGGUAGCAACCAGAAAAAUGGAGCGCAGCUGGAAGAAAACAAAACUAGAAGUUUUUCGCAUUUCGUGGAGAGAGAGAAUGAUUGAGUAUAGAAAGGCCUUAAAAACUGCUAGAUCUGCCUAUUUUUCAAAACUUUUAGAAGAAAAUAAGCACAACCCUAGGUAUUUAUUUGAUACAGUGGCUAAAUUAACAAGAAAUAAAGCUUCAACUUCUGAUGUUUCCAAGGAGCACAGCAGUAAUGACUUUGUGAACUUCUUUACUUGCAAGAUUGACAAUAUUAGAGAGAAAAUUAUAACCAUGCAACCAUCUACUACAGUAUCGCGUCAGACAGUGCAUUGUAGUGUCCCUGAGGAAAAAUUCCAUUCAUUUACUGCUUUAGGAGAGGAAGAAUUGUCUAAAUUUGUUAAAUCAUCAAAAUCAACAACAUGUAUGUUAGACCCUAUACCGACUAAGCUAUUGAAAGAGAUGCUUCCAGAGGUCAUAGAUCCUCUUCUUAAUAUCGUUAAUUCAGCUUUAUCACUAGGAUACUGUUACAGGACAGAAGGGAGCGGAGACACAGGUAAGGAUUAACAGGUUUAUUUCAGGUAAAGCAGAGCGUGAGAAGAGUGCAGGUGAGUGAAGACAGAUGAAUGGGUCGAUGAGCCAAUGAACUGGAACUGAUACUUGUCUGUGUUCUCUAGGGAGCGUGGAUACCGGGAGACGAGGAGCAGACGAACACACAGGAGAAGCACAGGAGACGAGGAGACACUGGGAAUCACUGAAGACGCUGGAGAUAGGUAAGUAGUCGAGUCCUGGAGGUAAGUGAACACUGGUAUGUGUUAACGAGACCGGACAGUGACUGAGUGAACUGGCGUGACUUAUAUGUGGCUGUGGUGAUGAUUGUGAAUGAGCGUCAGGUGUGGCUUGUCAGUACUCAGGAGAGGGAGUGCGAUGUGAUUGGGUGAGUGUAGAGCCUGGCGUGUCUGUGACAUUACCCCCCCCUCCACGGUCCGCUCCUGAGGACCGCGGACCCCGACGUCGUGGUGGUCGACCUCUGCCUCGGGGGCCUGGCUUGCUGGGGUGUCUGGCGUGGAAGUCGUCAAGGAGGCUGGGAUCUAGGAUAUCAUUCCUCGGGACCCAUGAGCGUUCUUCGGGGCCAUAGCCUUCCCAGUCGACCAGGUAUUCAAGGGACCCACCACGACGUCGGGAGUCCAGGAUAUCUUUCACCUGGUAGGCCACCCCGUCUUCUGCGAUGAGUGGAGGAGGGGGAUCUUCGGGGUCGCCAGGCUCUGUGGAGGGAAGAACAGAGGGAUGGUGAGGCUUCAGGAGUGACACAUGGAAAACU